GCAACGCUGCAAGGAGGGGGAGAGCAGAGGAAGAAAAGGAGGGAGAGAGAGCAGGAGGAUCUGUGUUUCCUUCCAAGACAUCUACCAAGAAGAGCGGGGGAGCACUGCCAGGCGUACACAUCAGCUGAAACCGAUUAGUCUCUACCAGACAACCAUAACUCAGAACAGAAAUCUGGCUCCUCUCAUGCUGUUCAGUCUAUCUGAGGUUAUUGAUAACCAUCCACACAAGUACCCGCUUGCCUGUGUUGCUGCGAGCGAGGUAUGUUUCUGAUGUGCUAGAGGUCUUAUUUAUGAGCCAACAAGUGAAGGAGGGCAGCCGAAAAACGACACACGAGAACAACGCUGCACAGCUUUUUGAAUUUCUUUUUUCUUUUUUUUUUUUUUAAGUUCACAUUUUUUGGGGGAAUUCGUUCCUUUGGUCUCCAUCAUUAGAGGCCUUCAACAAAGACACUUGCAUGAAUUCUGCAGUGAAGCUUGCUUGCUGAGGUGGAGUAAACCCUUAGAAAUCUAAGGCCACAAAGCCAGCACAUCACAAUCUGAUAGAGGCACACUGAAAUUAGGAACAGAGACCCACUGUCCUCCUAGAUUUGUAAUUCAAAAGAAGUCUGGCAGGAACUCUGACAGAAGAAAGAAACGCACACGGACAGGGUCAAAAGGAAAAACAAACAUCAUAAAAUAAAAAACAGAGCACAGGAACCGUCCCAGAGUCCACCCACAGCACCAGGCCCGAUCAUGUCCCGCUGGGGCCGGAAGGACAAGAACAGCAAAACGCCGGAGGUGAUCCGCACUGUGACGGAGGGGCUCAAGUCCCUCUACCACAAGAAACUGCUGCCCCUGGAGAAGUACUACGGCUUCCACGACUUCCACUCAGCCAGCCUGGAGGAUGCAGACUUCGACAAUAAGCCCAUGGUGCUGGUGGUGGGACAGUAUUCCACUGGAAAGACCACCUUCAUCAGGUACCUGCUGGAGCAGGACUUUCCCGGGAGCCGUGUGGGGCCGGAGCCCACCACUGACUGCUUCACCGCGAUCAUGCACGGCGAGGUGGAGGGCCUCAUCCCGGGGAAUGCCCUCAUCGUGGACCCCAACAAGCCGUUCCGCAAGCUCAACCCCUUCGGGAACACAUUCCUCAACAGGUUCCAGUGUGCCCACCUGCCCAAUCAGGUCCUGGAGAGCAUCAGCAUCAUCGACACACCAGGCAUCCUGUCUGGGGCCAAACAGAGAGUGAGCCGAGGGUAUGACUUCCCCGCCGUGCUGCGCUGGUUUGCCGAGCGUGUGGACCGCAUAAUCCUGCUGUUCGACGCCCACAAGCUGGAGAUCUCCGACGAGUUCUCUCAGGCCAUCGGGGCGCUGCGCGGGAACGAAGACAAGCUGCGUGUGGUGCUGAACAAGGCCGACAUGGUGGGCACCCAGCAGCUGAUGCGCGUGUACGGCGCCCUCAUGUGGUCGCUGGGGAAGGUGUUCGGCACCCCCGAGGUGCUCCGGGUCUACAUCGGCUCCUUCUGGUCGCAGCCGCUGCUGGUGACCGACAACCGGCGGCUCUUCGAGCUGGAGGAGGAGGACCUCUUUGCCGACAUCCAGAACCUUCCGCGAAAUGCCGCCCUGCGCAAGCUCAACGACCUGGUCAAGAGGGCACGCCUCGUCAGGGUUCAUGCCCACAUCAUCAGCUACCUGAAGCAGGAGAUGCCCUCUGUCUUCUGGAAGGACAACAAAAAGAAGAACCUGAUCUACCAGUUGCCUGUCAUCUUCUCCAAGAUCCAGCUGCAGCACAACAUCUCUCCUGGAGACUUCCCAGACUGCGCCAAGAUGCAGGAGCAGCUGGCAGUCCACGAUUUCACCAAGUUCAAGGCCCUCAAGCCCAACCUGAUGGCAGCCUUGGAUGAGCUACUGACCACCGACAUCGCUAAGCUGAUGCCCCUGCUGCGGCAAGAGGAGCUGGAGGCGGGCGUGCAGGCCGGGGUGCAGGGCGGGGCCUUCCUGGGGACCCGCGGAGGGCCCUUCCUGGAGGGGGACCCCUUCAGCCAGGCAGAGGAGAACGGGGAAGGGAGUGACAUGGAGGAUGAGGAAUGGGUGGUGACGAAGGACAAGCCCAAAUACGACGAGAUCUUCUACAACCUCUCCCCAAGCGAGGGCAAGUUGAGCGGCACCAAGGCCAAGGACUGGAUGGUCAGCACACGCCUGCCCAACUCUGUGCUGGGCCGCAUCUGGAAGCUGUCUGACGUGGACCGCGACGGCAUGCUGGACGACGAGGAGUUCGCCCUGGCCAGCCACCUGAUCGAGGUCAAGCUGGAGGGGCAUGGCCUGCCCCCGGAGCUGCCUGCCCGCCUGGUGCCGCCCUCCAAGCGCCGACAGAAAGGCUCUGACGCGUAGGACACUUCAGGCGGCCUGAAAUGUCAUACGCCGGCCCACCAGCCGGCAUGGCCGUCACUCUGGGACCCAUCAUCCUCUCCCUGCCACCUUGUCUCUCUGUCUGUAUGUGUUUUAUACCUCCUUUCCUUCCAUCGUUUAAUCUCACCCUCCCUUUCUUUCUGUGAUUGCCUACAUUUCCUUUCACUUUCUCCCUCUCUCUGUAUACAAAAUGAUCAAGAGCUAGCGGCUUGUGCCUUUCAAGCACUGUAUUCCUGUGUUAUUCCCUCUCCAUGAUGUUACUAACAUUGGUGCCUUUAAUUCCUCCAUGUGAGUCCCCAGGCACAGCUUUUACAUCCCACGCUCCCUUACUCCAUUGCACUUAAAGUAAUGUGUAAUAAAAACCAAUAACAUUAAUAUUAAUCCCCAUUAAACUCUCCAUAAACUCACCUGCCCUCAUCCUUGUGCCAGGUGGCACUGUUAUGCAUUUCACCCUGCCUUUUGUAAUCCUGCGUGAUCAGGCCUGUCACAAUGAAAGCACAUCUGUUUAUCGCUUGCCCUCCAAUUACUAAUUCAGUUCGCUGAUAUGCCUGCAGUGCUUUGUGCAAAGCAGUAACUUCUCUGUGCUUCCAUUUAAAACAAUCACUGCCUGGCAAUUCUGUGUCUGGUUAUCUGCACCACUCCUCCCCCCGUGCACUCCUCAGUCAAAUAAUGUUUAUUUUUAUGUGCAUUUUUUUAUUUUAGUUAUUUUUGUAUGAAACUAAGGAACAGUCGAUGUAUUCAUGUAUAAAUGAGUAUCAUAUAUAAAGAAAGCAUUGUGCACCACCUCCUAGAGCAUUUGCAAAAAAAAAGGCAAAGCUUCUGAUUAAUGUUGACACUGACUACUGUACACUGCCUCACUGUCAUCCAUGUGUUC